AUGAAUUCGACAUCCGUAGGAACAAGAAUGUGGAGUAAUAGAAAAUCCAUGUCUAAUUUGACUAUUAAUAAACUGUUACUCCCUACCAAUUAAAAAAGUCGGGAAAAAAAUUGCAAUUCAAACAAUCAAUAAAUUUCUGAUUAACUAAUUGAAGAGAAUAUGUUUUUUCUUCCAAAGCGAACCUUGAGGAGAGUCAAACACUCAGACUAAAAUAUUUUAACUACAUCCGUAACAAGCAAAUCACUCUAAUCCUAAAUGAUUAAUAAAUACUUUCAAGAAAGUCUUCAAUUUCGCUAAUAAUAAUCUCGAAAAGAAAUAGUAAUUAAAGAAUUAGUGUCUCCAUCUAAACCAUUUAUCUUCAAAAGAAAAGAAACUGCUCUAAACACAGAACCUUGUUCAGAAAUAUAAUAGUAAAAAUUAAUGCCAUUGUUGAAAUCAUCCAUUAAUUAUGAUGAUUAAUAUAAGUUUACGUUCUAUAGUCCAAAAACUCAAGAUCAUAAACUUAGAUUACCAAAGGAAUUUCAGAUAUUACCUUGUAGUAAAAAGCGAUACUUCAUCUGA